AUGUCCAUCUGCCUAACAACCUCACCAACAACAACGGCCUACAACAACGGCCUACAACCACGGGCUACAACAACGGCCUACAAGAACAGCCUACAACAACAGCCUACAACAACGGCCUACAACAACGGCCUACAACAACAGCCUACAACAACGGCCUACAACAACAGCCUACAACAACGGCCUACAACAACAGCCUACAACAACGGCCUACAACAACGGCCUACAACAACAGCCUACAACAACGGCCUACAACAACAGCCUACAACAACGGCCUACAACAACAGCCUACAACAACGGCCUACAACAACAGCCUACAACAACGGCCUACAACAACGGCCUACAACAACGGCCUACAACAACGGCCUACAACAACGGCCUACAACAACGGCCUACAACAACGGCCUACAACAUCGGCCUACAACAACGGCCUACAACAUCGGCCUACAACAACGGCCUACAACAUCGGCCUACAACAACGGCCUACAACAAAAGCCUACAACAACGGCCUACAACAACAGCCUACAACAACGGCCUACAACAACAGCCUACAACAACGGCCUACAACAACGGCCUACAACACCAACAACAACAGCCUACAACAACGGUCUACAACAACGGCCUACAACGCCUACAACAAGAGCCUACAACAAGAGCCUACAACAGCCAAAACGCGGCUCGCGAAUGGCCAGCUGGAAACAGAAGCGGCGGCCCUCGAAUGCAAAUGAUGAACGACGUGCGAGGGCGGGAAAGUCUAAAUGCUGCCUGCGGAUGCUUUGA